UGAGGCAAUAAAAGCCCAAAAGUUACGAUUCCUCGUUCUCAUGUCGGCUUUUCCUGUUGCCGUUCGUCUCCAACAAUUCGAAGUGAAGAAUUCCAGCUCUCUGUCAAGAAAUUCUUCUUCAUGAAGCGACUAUCAUGGCUCUUCUCCGGUGAACGUAAGCUUGGAAGUGUAAGAGGAUAUUCCGCCAGCAGAAAGGAGCUGCAAAUUCAUGGAAUUAAGCAUGCUAUAGCCAUUGCUUCUGGCAAAGGAGGUGUGGGCAAAUCCACCACUGCAGUUAAUUUGGCUGUUGCAUUAGCAAACAAGUGUCAGCUGAAGGUUGGAUUACUUGAUGCUGAUGUAUAUGGACCCAAUGUUCCAAUUAUGAUGAAGAUCCAUCAAAAGCCAGAGUUGACUGAAGAUAGAAAAAUGGUUCCUGUUGAGAACUAUGGAGUUAAAUGCAUGUCAAUGGGAUUGCUUGUGGAAAACAAUGCUGCUCUUGUGUGGAGGGGUCCUAUGAUUUCAAGUGCUCUAGACAAAAUGACGAGGGGAGUUUCCUGGGGUGAUCUCGAUAUUCUUGUUGUUGAUAUGCCUCCUGGUACAGGCGAUGUUCAGAUUACUAUGUCACAGAGACUGUCGCUCUCUGGUGCAUUGAUCGUUUCAACGCCUCAGGAUGUUGCAUUAAUGGAUGCUCGUAGGGGAAUUAAAAUGUUCUCUAAUGUUCAUGUUCCGAUUUUGGGAAUCGUAGAGAACAUGAGCUACUUUACUUGUCCACAUUGUGGCGAACGCUCGUAUAUCUUUGGGAAUGGAGGAAGUCGUAAGGCAGCUGAUGAGAUGUGUAUCACAUUUCUUGGUGAGGUACCAUUAGAAGAGAAGAAUAGAAAAUGUUGUGAUGAAGGUAUCCCUAUUGUAAUAUCAGAGCCAAAUUCCUUAGUUUCUAUAGCAUAUGUGGAAAUUGCGCAGAAGGUCAUGGAGCAAAUUGAGGAAGUGGAUAGGCAAAAACUACUCCAUCCAAAGAUUCAACUAUAACCACACAAACCCCCCUUUGGGAGAUUUGUUUUUCUUUUUGAUAGAGGAAUAGAACAUAAUAUAUUCAAGUGAAGGAGUGCAUGUGGAUUGCCGCACUACUAUGCUAGUUUUCACUUAUUUUAAAUAAUUAUAUCAACAUUCUCAAUGAUGAGAUAUGUAUUUAGGUUUUUCUGGCCCA